GCGGCGCGGGCCGAGCUGCUGGCGAGAGUCAUGGCCGCUUCGCGACAGCCCCAGGUCGGGGAGCUGCUGGCCGAGGCGCGCAGGGCCUUCCAGGAGGAGUUCGGGGCCGCGCCCGAGCUGGCCGUGUCGGCGCCGGGCCGCGUCAACCUCAUCGGGGAGCACACGGACUACAACCAGGGCCUGGUGCUGCCCAUGGCGCUGGAGCUCGUGACGGUGCUGGUGGGCAGCCCCCGGACAGACGGGCUUGUCUCCCUCCUCACCACCUCUGAGGAUGCUGACGAGCCCCGGCGGCUGCAGUUUCCACUGCCCACAGCCCAGCGGUCCCUGGAGCCCGGGACGCCCCGCUGGGCCAACUAUGUCAAGGGCGUGAUUCAGCACUACCCAGCCGCCCCCCUCCCCGGCUUCAGUGCAGUGAUGGUGAGCUCAGUGCCGCUGGGGGGCGGGCUGUCCAGCUCGGCAUCCCUGGAAGUGGCCACGUACACCUUCCUGCAGCAGCUCUGCCCAGAUUCUGGGCCGCUAGCCGCCCGGGCCCAGGUGUGUCAGCGGGCCGAGCACAGCUUCGCAGGCGUGCCCUGUGGCAUCAUGGACCAGCUCAUCGCACUGCUGGGGCAGAAGGGCCACGCGCUGCUCAUUGACUGCAGGUCUCUGGAGACAAACCUGGUGCCGCUGUCGGACCCCCGGCUGGCCGUGCUCAUCACCAACUCCAACGUCCGCCACUCGCUGGGCUCCAGCGAGUACCCGGCGCGGCGGCGCCAGUGUGAGGAGGUGGCCCGCGCGCUGGGCAAGGAGAGCCUCCGGGAGGUGCAGCUGGAGGAACUCGAAGCUGGCAGAGAGCUGGUGAGCAAGGAGGGCUUCCGGCGGGCGCGGCACGUCGUGGGGGAGAUCCGGCGCACGGCCCAGGCUGCGGCCGCCCUCGGCCGCGGGGACUACAGAGCCUUCGGCCGCCUCAUGGUGGAAAGCCACCACUCGCUCAGGGACGACUACGAGGUGAGCUGCCCGGAGCUGGACCAGCUGGUGGAGGCCGCGCUCUCCGCACCCGGGGUGUACGGCAGCCGCAUGACGGGCGGGGGCUUUGGGGGCUGCACGGUGACGCUGCUGGAAGCCUCUGCCGCCCCCCGAGCCAUGCAGCACAUACAGGACCGCUACGGUGGCACCGCCACCUUCUACCUCUCCCAGGCGGCCGACGGUGCCAAGGUGCUGAGCUUCUGAGGCGCCCGGGGGGGCCCUGGGCAGGCAGGUCUCGAAGCCCCGCCUCGCCCGGUGCCCGUGCUCUGCUUCUGGGUCUCAAUAAACAUGUGCCUCCGACCACCGUGCCCGCCUGCCUCGAGGUGGGUGCGCUUGCGCCUCAGAGGAGGGGGUGU